UAGUACUUCAAUAUUCCGUCUCUUUCCCUCUCUGUAACUCUCUGUAACGCUAUUUUCCUCUAAUUCCCUCUUCUUCUUCCUCCUCCUCCAUUCUCCCGCCAUGGCUAGGGCUACUGUCGAGCUUGAUUUCUUCGGCCUCGAGAAGAAGGCCUCCUCCAGGUCUCAGUUCCACAACCUUCUUCACCGCAAGAGAAGCUUUCGAGGCAUUCACAGCGCCAUUUCCAAGAUCAACCCCGAGCUUCUCAAAUCUGUCAUUGGAUCUGCCUCCAUUGCUCUGCCUCCCACUCCCAAGGACGCCAACCACAACCUUCUCUCGCCUUUGCCUCUCUAUAACCCUCUCUUCAGGCCGACUUCUGAAUCUCUUCAACAUACAUCUCCGAUGACUAUCUUCUACAACGGAACCGUCGCCGUUUUUGACGUUCCUCGUGAUAAGGCCGAGAGCAUUCUGAAACUCGUUGCGGAAGGAAAAGCUGAAGCGAAUCCUACGGUUGCAAUCCCAUCCACCGACCGCCAGCAACGGUUGCUUGCAUCUCUCGACGGAGCAGAUCUACCAAUUGCAAGGAAGAAGUCGCUUCAGAGAUUCUUGGAGAAACGUAAGGAGAGGUUGACUACGGCUUCACCAUAUGCCUUCCCCUGCCCCCACCUAACCUGAAAAGAUGGACAAGAUCAACAUUACGCGUCUUCUGACACAGUCAAAUAAUCUCUCUUUCGCUUUUAGUUAAGAAAUAUUAAAAAGAUUAUGACAAUAUAUUUAUAUAUAAAUAUAUAGAUAUAAUCUUAAUUUCAUGCCCUCCUUUUGGACUCCCUCUGUAUAGCCAUAGGCCACAUUAUGUUAUGGCAACUUCUGGUACUGGGGUAGACUUCCUACUUCCAUUGAUCAUUCCCUGUUGCUUUAUUAUUUAUUUAUUUGUUUAUAUGCUACCUGACUUUUCUUUUUAUUUGUUCUUGCCGGUUGAAUUCCAACUUUUUGGCUUGAAAGUUGGGAUUUAAGGAAUCAAAGUUGUACUGGAAUUUCGGUUCUUUGAAUAUUAUCUAUUUUGGUAGACUUUUGAAGUCAA